AUGUUUCCGCUUCACAGAGGAGCGGAGCUAUUCUUGGCAAUAGCGAUUCUUACUCUAUGUCGGAGUAAUGAAUCUCUGGCAGCCGAAAACAAUCAACGAGUCGUUUGUUACUACACAAAUUGGUCGGUUUACCGACCGGGAACGGCGAAGUUCACACCGCAAAACAUAAACCCCUACUUGUGUACUCAUCUCAUCUAUUCAUUUGGCGGUUUUACUAAAGAAAACACCUUGAAGCCGUACGACAAAUAUCAGGACAUCGAACAAGGUGGAUUUGCCAAGUUCACUGGUCUGAAGACGUACAACAAAAACCUUAAAACGCUGCUUGCAAUUGGAGGAUGGAAUGAAGGUUCCUCUCGGUUUUCGCCUCUGGUGGCGGACGCAGAACGACGCAGUCAGUUUGUAAAGAAUAGCAUUAAAUUUUUACGUCAGAACCAUUUCGAUGGGCUUGACCUCGACUGGGAGUAUCCUGCAUUCCGCGAUGGAUCGAAGCCGAAAGAUCGCGAAAACUAUGCCCAACUGGUGCAGGAGUUGCGGGAGGAGUUCGAGCGUGAAUCGUCGAAAACAGGACGCCCACGGCUGCUGCUAACGAUGGCUGUUCCCGCAGGCAUCGAAUAUGUGGAGAAGGGAUAUGAUGUGCCCAAACUCAACAAAUACCUCGAUUGGUUCAAUCUGCUAUCAUACGAUUACCACAGUGCGUACGAACCUGCAGUUAAUCAUCACUCUCCACUGUUCUCACUUGAAGAAGCGUCAGAAUACAACUUCGAUUCGGAACUUAAUAUUGAUUAUAGUGUAAAAUUUUACUUAAAAUCCGGAGCAGAUCGUGAUAAGCUAGUACUUGGUAUUCCAACGUACGGUCGAUCUUACACGUUGUACAACCCAGAUGCUACUGACAUCGGUGCUCCUGCCGACGGUCCUGGAGAGCAGGGAGAUGCAACACGUGAAAAGGGCUACCUUGCGUAUUAUGAAAUUUGCUCCAAUCUUAAGGAAAGCUCAGAUUGGACAGUGGUUCAGCCCAAUUCGAAAGCAAUGGGCCCGUAUGCAUACAAAGGCAACCAGUGGGUUGGAUAUGAUGAUGAAGCAAUUGCACGGCGAAAGGCAAAAUACGUUGCAGAGAAUGGCUUGGGUGGAAUUAUGUUCUGGUCCAUAGAUAACGAUGAUUUCAGAGGCACGUGCCACGGUAAACCGUACCCAAUCAUCGAAGCAGCCAAGGAAGCACUUUUAGCUAGUACAGAAGUGGGCAUAAAUGAUGUUGCUUCAUCAAGCAGGCCGCGGAAGCCAAAUCGUUCCAGAAGUCGCCCGGGCUCAGCAACGCGUAAUCGUGUGAACACUGACAACAACAAUGAAAUCAAAGCAUCGUUCAAAACCUCACAAGGCCGUAAAGUAGCACGACCUGUCCGUGUCACAACCACAAGUACCACUACGACGACCACGACUGAGGGAUCAUUGUACAUUGGUGGAAGAACAACUACCCCUCAGCCGCCUACUACUCCUGAUCCGGGAUCAGACUUCAAGUGUGAGGAUGAAGGGUUUUUCCCACAUCCAAGAGAUUGCAAAAAAUAUUUCUGGUGUUUGGAUAGCCCCAGCCUUGGUCUAGUUGCUCAUCAAUUCACGUGUCCAUCUGGCCUAGUGUUCAACAAAUUGGCAGAUUCUUGUGACUAUGCACGGAACGUGAUAUGUUCCAAAACAGUUUCAACAACUUCAACCACAAGCACAACUACAACCGUUGCUACUCCAACAACAUCAACAACGCAACGAGCUCGCAUUACAGCUGCAACAAGCCGUAAUACCUUUUUCAAUCGUGGCACCACCACAACAACGACUACUACAGAACCUACAGUUGAAGCGGACUACUCCGAUGAAGACAACACUGAGACACAACCGGAGGAAGACCCGAAAGUAAUCAAAGAACUUAUUGCACUUAUCAAAAAGGUUGGUGGAAUAGAAGAGCUUGAAAAACAACUACAGGCACAAGAGGAUGGCUCGGUAUCACUGAAAGAUGCCGAAUCCGAUCAAAUUUCAACAACAGCGCCGACUAUUAGCAAAUCUUUGUACGAACGUGUUCUGAGCCGCACGGGUAAUGUAGGGCAGAAAUUCCGCCCGGCAAUUACCUUCACACAGCAAGAUAAAUCGGGCUCCUUACCAGAAAAUAAAUACUCAUCAGUCGUGCGUAACUCAUACACCAAUAGCAGGAUUGGACCACAGAACGAAGGUUUAGAUCAGCUUCCUGAAUUUGAAGGAGUGUUUCGAGAAAAGCCAAAGUAUGUUACACUUCAGCGUGUACGACCUACGAAAGCAACUUCAAUAGAGGAUCGAUAUGACGAUGAUGAUGAAAUCGAAGAAGAGGAAAAUCAGCCAUCCACCUUCGCAGCUAGCAAACCAACCUCUAGCCCGAAGUAUGUGAGCAUUAGACGUCAGCGACCGGCAGUAAUCUCUGAGCAGGAAAAUCAAAACGAGAAUCUCAAACAAGAUGAUGAUGAGGUUGAUGAUGAUGAACCAGAACAAAUUUCAACCGGCGGGGUUCCGUAUAACACGGUGAACCGAAAUUGGUUCCGUAAGACAACCGAAGCAUCAUCUAACACUGAAAGUGACAACGAUCGAUUGACUCCAAAUCGUUACAAUACCAUCGAUCGCAGACGCACGACUAGUUCGCCAUAUUCGACCAGUAGGUUGCAGGAUGCCGAACGAGACGAUGUAGGCACAGAUUCUUCUCUUUUGGUACCAUCUACAGACUUCCAAACUAUUUACACUACAGCUUCCACCAUCACCACGAUCGACUCAUCACAACCUUCAGAACCAAACUUGAUACCUUACAGCACACGACAGUAUAGUAGUGUUGAACGCGUAAACAGCAACAAUAUUAGCAGCAACAGCGGCAUCGGCAACGACAAUAGUAGAAGUAGUAGUAGUAAUAGUAGUAACGAUAGCGAUAUUAGUACUAGCAAUGGCGGAGGUAUUGCUACCGAGCCAACAUUAUUCCCAUUUUCCUAUAAAACCACCACUAUAAGCGCAUCAAACGCGCUAAAUAGCGACGAUAUCGAGAAUCGGCAAGAGGUGUCGAAAUCCGAUUAUCAGUCCAAUACUGUGGUAACUGACAUUAUUCAACCAAACGUUCAGCAUUUGCACAAAAUGAACCAUGGUGUUGAUAUGGAAGGUACCAAACCAUCCCAGAGUGAAUCAACCCUAGAAGUAACCACAAUGUUUAACAUAGGUGAAAGCGUUACUGGUGUUAGCAGCCUGGAUGCUGGUUUGCAGGGUAGUGAUACUUUGUCUAAUAACGAUAAGAGCUUCGAGCCACAAGACAAUGAUUCAGAGAAAUCUUUCACCGACCCCGAUUACGCAUUUACAACUCCAUCGACAAAUCUUCCAAUAGCUUCGUCGACUACGUUGCCAACUACGACUGGGUCCCCCACUAACGAUGCUACUUCUAACUCAGUUUUCAAAUUCACAAGAACUAGGAAACCAUCGACUACUACCGCUACCCUAGAACCUGUCACUAACAAUAGUCGGAAAGUUGCUUCGGGAGGUGGUGCUUCGGUAAAAGCAACCCCACGUCCGUUUGCAACAGGUGUUCGUCGUACACGUCCGACACGCCUGACAGAAUCUCCCAACAACUUAGCCACUACUUCAGCGUCUGUUGUAACCGCACCUGAUAAUGAGUCGACGACACUUCGAUCUGUAAAGGUGAGUUUUUCCAAUGCACAGAGAUUUGAUCUUUCAGCGAGCCGACAGCGAAGGGUCGGAACUGCUACCCCCGAAAGCAGUGAAACCGUAGAUGGCAGAACGGAUGAGCAACCGGCCACGCGUGCACCUGUCCGUGGCAAUCGUGGCCGGGUACGCUUCCGUACCUCGUCCGAAUCUACUGCAUCAACUUCUACUCCUUUGUCUUUCAAUGAUCGUGCCAGUUCCCGAUCAUCGAAUACUAUAGAUACCACUACUCAGACUCCGCGUCGCCGCUCACGACCAUCUUCCGGAGAACUUCCAGUUAAUCGUUUUGCAAUUGGUAGAACGGUAACUGCUGCCGUUACGACAAACACACCUACGGUAACACCUUUGACCACCCUCUCCGACAGAGGAUCUCUGCGAAGAGUUAACUUUAGUCUUUAUAAUGGUCGGCGAACCUCCGAUGAUGCAUCAACAACAUCAACUGAGGAACCACGCAUAGAGACGGAAACUCUCGCCAAUGUGACGCCAUUUGAUCAAACAGAAGUUAAAUCUUACACGCGCAUAAGCGAAGAUCCGUUCAUGACCCAAGAACGUAUUCUGCUUACUCUUGGCACUGCCUUGCGUUACGGAUUCAGCAGUCGUAAUGAGCUUACAAGUGGCACACCAAGUUCCGCAUUUACAACACAAAUAUUACAGGAGACUUCAAGCACUCUUACGCCAGAACGAUCCACUUUCAGAGGACGACCGUUUAACGUAGGACGUGAAAACUUGGAUAAUAUGGUGGAUAAUGCUUUUAUUGAAAAUCUAAAUGAUAUGUCAACCGAGCAGGGAUAUCUUUCAACCGUCGAAGAUUCGGCAAUGCACGAUAGUAGGCUUUUCAAUGAAUUUACUACGGUAUACAAUGUAAAUGCAGCCGAAGUUGAUACAACCACACCACAACCGAAAAAGUUGGUUUCCUCUAACUUGAGAGGUCGAUUUAUUGGAAGUAGCACUACUGAAAGCAGUGACACGACAUUGAAUGUGGUUAUUUCAGAAGUCAAUACCAACAAAACAUUCAUUCCAGGGCGAACACGUCCAACCAGGCCCGUACGAUUCCGAACAACUCCUGAAUCUAGUACGUCUGCAAGCAUUUCAGAACAAGAUACCAACCGUUUGCCUUCACGACGACCAUUUGAUUUGACCCAACGCAAGCGAGUAAACCUCAAUCAGGGAGUCGCUUCACGUUUUAGCCAAACAGAAGAAGCAUUGGUUAAUGAUGUGACGGACAGAAUACCUGGUAUAUCAACUACAAAGCGUCAGCGUGCUAGUCGCCGUAGAACUACUGUACCAACUACCACCUCAGCUCCUUCUUCAGCUGAAGAAAAUCGCGACAGCAAUCAACUUUACAAAGCUCGUAAGCCUUUUAACACUGAUCAACGACGACAGCGGCUACCGGCGGCAAAGUUUGUUAAAGUAGUAUCUACAACUCCAUCCACUGAAUCCUUUACCGCGGAUCCAACGUAUCCUGACAGCAAUGUAGCUAAUUCGGAUUUCACUACGGUUAUUACGGACACUUCAAACGAAAUUGCAUCUAUGUAUGAUCUACUGAAUAGUGAAAACUUGCUCAAUUUACCAAACCUAGAUAACAAAGAAGUGUUGGAUGAGGAUGAUGCAACUGAAACACCUUCUACCGUAGCAGUAUUAUCCACGGAAAGCAAUCCCAGCUCAAAUUUGGUCUCAAGCGGCCUUUCACAGCAGCAAAAGCCAAACCAAAAACUAGCUAAUCCAGAGAUUGUGCGUCCUAACGAUAGCCAACAGAUCGAAUCUGAAUCAAUUCCUAGUCGUAGUUCGACUAGAGUUUUUGGUAACGGUGUAACAAGACGCAAAUUCACCGGAAAGUUUGUAACGACAGAAGCUCCGGAACCGACGGAACCGAUUAAAAAAUUCGUACCAACCCGUCGCAACCGACCAUCUUUCUCGCUGGCUCGUAACGGGCGAAUUUCAACCACAACCGAGGAUUCGUUAACGGCCACAACGGCAGACACGGAUAGUUCUGCCCCAUCAUCAGGUGCUCAAUUUGUCCCAUCACGGAAGCGAAAGCCAUUGCUUCUUGGUAGUCGAACUUCAACAACAUCAGCACCAUCAAACGAUAGUGGAAAUGUCGAAGAACCAUCCCGUCCAACUCGGCGUCGGCCUGCAUAUUCUUUGAAUAGACCGGCACGUCCGCAAGCAUUUGAAAACUCAUUUGACAAAGCUACUGUCUCAUCCAAACCGAUCGAACAGAAAUCAAUCAAUCGGACGUCAGUCCUACUACCUAAGAGGCCAAACCUGUUUGCUAGAACUACUACUACUACUACUACUACCACAACCGCGGUACCUUAUGCACUAGGUGAUGAUACCGAUAGAACUACCUUAGAUGAUAGAUAUUCCUCUUCAGAAGAACAACGGUUUAGCGGUGAAGAAAACGAAGGAGAAAAUGAAAUUCAACGUCAAGGUAAGAAACUUUUCGGGCAGCUAGGUAAUGAUGCGAGCAAUAGCCUGGUGCAGCCCGAGGUUGAUGCAGAUAAAGUUCGAACAGCAGCAGAAGUAAAUUACGGUGGCAUUCGUCGUCCAGGACCUCGCGUUGGAUCAACGCCUGCACGAGUUGCACCUAGUUCGGGUAGCAACAGAUUCAUAUUUAAAAAUAAUCAACCCACAAACACGGGUAACGCUGAAGGUUCUCCGGGGUUGACUACACCGCGCACAAUCACUACACGCACCAGACGGCCAUUUGGAAAUGUCGGUGGAUAUAAGCCCACAGCUCACAAUGGCACUGGGCAAAGCAAUGAGUCCGGUAGUCCAGUUGCAGGUAGUGUGACAACACCGCGACCUAGAUUCACACCAACUACUCGAACGCGUCCUACCUUUGGACGACUUCGAUCAACUACAUCACUGAGUAAAACCGAAACUGGUCCGGAUGGGGAGCGUAUUCAGGUUGCUUCAACCGUGAGUGAUCUGGAACAGCCUGCAGGUUUUGCAACACGUCGAUAUCAACCGCGCAAACCAACCAAUCGUCGCAAUAUCACUAGUAGUAUACCGGUGACGGCUGUUGGUAGUGGCUUAAACGAUUAUUCUCGUCCUUAUAAUGUCACGCUGUUGAACAAUGGUACACGUGUUGGACAGAAUGCAACACUUCCAAUAGUGUACUUACUAACUACGAAGGAUACGGAAGAAGGAAUUUCACAGACAACACAACGAACAAACAAGGAGACUACCCAACCUGCAGCCGAGUCUCCGAUCGACGAGACAAGACAGCCGCAUGUUUCAACUACCGCUUUCACAAUCUUGUCUGUUGCUAAUACCAACGGCACGGAUGAGUUAACACCAACAACCACCACGUCACCAUGGCUUUCAGAGACAGAAAAUGAGGUUGAAAACACUACCUCGUACGAGGAAACAUUCAACACAUUCAGAACCACUACUGAAUACUACACCGCAUCUGAUGAGACUCACUACACGACACUGAAUACGGCUGACACGAUCUACACGAUUAAUGAUAAUAUCGAUAUUGAUGAUGUCAAUGUAUUGCAGGACCGUAGUAGAACGUCAACAACCACCGUCAAGCCGACCACACUGUAUCAUGUAUUCUCGAUUGAUAAGGAAAACGAAUCAGUGCCAUCUUCGACUGAGAUUUACCGCACCGAAGAGCAAGAAAUUGAGUUACCUGCAGCUAAUCGAACAGACAAGCUAGUAAAGAUACACCGAGUGGUUGAGAUUUACACAAAGAACACUAGCAAUCCAGAUGAGUUACCAGUCAUGCAGAAGCUUGGGGAAAUUAAUCGAAAGAUUAUCAUACGACUUGUAGAGCCAAACCGUUCCAAUAAUCGUACUGGUGGCAAUGUAAGCAAUUAUACAACCACCACGGUUGGUAGCGGAACAUCGGUUACAGAAAGGUCCAACGAUGAAGACAUGGAUGAUAAACGCGGCCGAACCAUGGUCCUUUCGUCUAACAGUGUGUUUACUGUAGAGACUUCCACCAUACCCCUAGAAGGUUUGUUCGAUUCAGAGAAGGGCGCUGGUUUUCCUACAACCGAACUACCACCGAUGGAUAUGGAGCUAGAACCGCAGACUGUAGCCCCUCAGCAGGAGAUCGAACGAAUUUCAAGUCUUGAUUUUAGCUCGGUGACAGGUGCAGUCCCUGUAGAACAGGACGAAGAAAUAGUCACGGUAACGCAACAUGCUGCUGAAACAGAUCGCUACGUGCAGGUAACUAGCCUGAGCCCCCUUGCAUCGGAUGAUACAAAUUCAGACAAUACUGAUAGGCUCAGAAACAACAAUUUCAAACAACAAACAACUGACUACAUGGGUACAGCAGAGGAGCAAACCACCACAACGAGUUUGGCUACGGAAAAUUUGAUAAGCAGUACCACCAAAACGACACCCGUCGUGUCGUCUUCUACACAACGUGAAAUUGUGCACAAGUACACACUGCCGGCAGAAUUUUCUUUCCAGGAGCCCUCUAGCGAAACAACUUCGACAACGACAACAAUGACAACCACAACCGUAAGCUCCUCUUCGACUCCAGAGUUACUCAUGACGACUUCAACGGACAUUUAUGAUACCACAGUGCCAGAUCGUGUUCGUUUACUGGUGUUACCAAAUAAGGAAGGCAAGAAAAAGUACACCAAACGACCGGAAUCAGUUCUUACAGCUUCGCGAGUGUCAGAUUUUGCCUAUAACAAAGAUACCUCCGCUGAGACAGAAAACGAGCUGGUUGUACUAACUACAGAAGGGCUCACAACCGAACCCGCACCAGUUACAACUACCAGGGGCACAAAUACACGGCACUACACAAAUAAUCGCAAGUACGUGUCCUCGCUGUCAUUGAGGCCAAACUUUGGUAACCCGGAAAGCACCAGCAACAACGGUGGCACAUCGUACCGAAAAUCGAAAGAUAUUCCAGUCAUCCCACUAUCUAAGGCGAAUGCUUCCCCAAAACCGCUGUCCAUCUCUACGUCACGUUUCACUACGACCACGGAGGCAGCUACAACUACUACCUCCACUACUACCACUACUACACCUGCACCGAUUACUAAAAUCGACUUCAAUAUCAAAUACGUUCUGCCGGUGAAUUUACCCGAUGCAAAUAUUCAUGAGCUCAAAAUCGAAAGUAAAAAUGACAAGUACAGCAUUCCACUCUCUCCUAUCCUUCGGCCGGACUUCAUCACACGUGAGAUAUCGGGGGAGCGACAAGACCGCCAGUUCUCACCGGUCUAUCGACCAGAGCUAGACAAUGACGAACUGACGCGUCAGCUGACCAGCGACGCUGAUCCCGUCGCGCUUGAGGCGGAAAAUUUAGACCGGGAAAUCCUCGGUAGUGAUAGUAGGUCUGGCGCCGAAAGCACUCCUCUCGAGAGCGGCACUGCAGAACGGUUGGUGAACCAUAGUGCAUCGCCGUCUGCGGCAUACUUCUUGCGCCACACGGCUGAGGUUAGUUAA